GCCCGUUUCCCUCAUUUUGUUUUCCCACGCGAUCGGAGAGAGAGAGUUUUAGAGAGAGAAAGUCCCUUUUUCUCUGAUUUUUCGAUCUCUUUCUCCCAUUAUCCGGCCACAAAUCAAACGAUCUACCCGAAUUUCUCGCCGGAAAAACCAGAGCGUCCGGCGAUCUUGAUCACUGCUCCUACUCGCAGAUUCCAUCAUGAAUCCAGAAUACGACUAUCUGUUCAAGCUUUUGCUUAUUGGAGAUUCUGGUGUUGGCAAAUCAUGUCUUCUUCUAAGAUUUGCGGAUGAUUCUUACCUCGAGAGUUACAUCAGCACAAUCGGAGUUGAUUUUAAAAUUCGCACUGUGGAGCAGGAUGGGAAAACCAUUAAACUACAGAUUUGGGAUACUGCAGGGCAAGAACGUUUCAGAACGAUUACUAGCAGCUACUAUAGGGGAGCUCAUGGCAUUAUUGUGGUUUAUGAUGUCACGGAUCAAGAGAGCUUCAACAAUGUGAAACAGUGGUUGAAUGAAAUCGACCGCUAUGCGAGUGAGAAUGUGAACAAGCUUCUUGUCGGGAACAAGUGUGAUCUCACUGAUAAAAAAGUGGUCUCCUACGAAACAGCCAAGGCAUUUGCUGAUGAGAUUGGGAUCCCCUUCAUGGAGACGAGUGCAAAGAAUGCGACAAAUGUGGAGCAGGCCUUUAUGGCAAUGGCAGCUGAGAUUAAAAACAGGAUGGCAAGCCAACCGGCCAUGAAUAAUGCGAGGCCCCCGACUGUUCAAAUCCGAGGGCAACCAGUGGCACAAAAGAGCAGCUGCUGCUCUUAAUUUGGAGGAAAAAGAGAGGGGGUAGGGUUGGGGGUGUUGGUGAGUGAUUUGGGCUUUUAUGUUUCCUCCUCCACAGUGGGUAUGUAAAACUAAUUAGCUUUGUUAUUUUCUCUCCUGGAGUGUGAGAGAGAGACAACCCCUUUGGUUGGUUUCCCUUUCGAUGUUCUUUGAAACUGUUAUCAGCAUUCCCAUUCUUUUAGAAACUUAGAAAACUGUUCUAUUUGGUGGAAAAUUGGCUUGUAAUAUCCAGGAAUGUCUUAAUUCACUGUUGUUCAACGGCCAGCUUAUGCUGUUUCAGUUUUUGAAA